CCGGAGAAUAUAUCAGAAAUUAACCUAAAUCAUUUCUGUCAAGUGUUUCUCUUAAUGUGCAAUUUUUUUUUCUUAACGUCUGUUUUAAGAUACUUGAAAAAUGGGUUGGAUGUUAGAGAUAUUUAGGAUGGCUUUAUAUAUAUCAUUCCCUGUGGGAAUAUUUCACUUUGUCAAUCAUCCAGUUUUUUAUGAGAAAUAUGUGAUGAAGACUAGACAAGAAUACUAUCCACCCGAAAAUGAAGAAGCAGUUGAGGAAAUGAACAAUUUGAUUCGCGAGUUUAAUGCUAAAAUUGAAAAGCAACGUUUGGACAAGCUGGAAAGACAAUAUACAAGCACAUGAGGAAAUAUAUAUAUUAUUGUAUUGUAAUGUUUUUAAUUAUCUAAUAUCAUUUAUUUUGUAUAGAAGAGAAUACCUUAAUAUUGUUAUAUAAUAAUAAGAUAUAAAAGUUAGCAAUUUUUGAUCUUGA